UAUCCCUCCGCCGGGUGUCCGUUGGUUGAUCUGCCUACAGGCUAUAUAACUAACUGCUAUCUAAGAGAUAGAACGAUGGACAACCGUUUGCAUGGAUCGAUGCCUGGCUGCUAAGGCAGCAGAUCUUAUCAGACGCAGACGAGAUCUGAUAGGCCCGGUCAAUCCACGCAUUUUCCCCGCAACAUCCAUUCUGUUCCCCUACCUACGUCUUCUCCCGCUUCAAUCCACGUUCCCUUGAUCUUCUCUCUUCAAAUUUCAUACUUAUUUCCACCAGAUGCAUUCUUGCCUUCCGCCAUAGCAGACAGGAAUGUCGACCCCCCGCCAACGCUCCCACCACAGCUGCUGGACCUGCAAGGCGCGACGCCGCAAAUGUGACCGCGGCCGCCCCGCCUGUCGCGUGUGCAGUGACCGCGGCAUUCUGUGCGAGGGAUACGAGGUGCGCUUGCGGUGGGGGUCGGGGAUUGCGUCGCGCGGGAGGUUCACGGGGGCCGGGGAGCCGGUGGUCGCGUCCGUGCCAGUGCGGGUGAAGGGGAGACGGAGGGAUUUGACGAGGGAGGGGAUAGGCCUCGGUUUACAUGUUGAAGGUGAGAUUAAAUCGUCAAUGGUAUUGCCAAUGGGUCAAGAGUAUCGACUCGGCGACAGUCCCUCGGAGUCUUCGGGCAGAUCUCCAGAGUCAUGCUCUGGGCGAAGCACGGAGGGGGAGAGGUUGUUUCAAGAAUUCCUCUCGUUUGGGAUUCACAUUCUACACUCUACGACGGUCCACGACGAGGGGAAUCUCCUCGCCCCGCGACUGCCCGAGCUCUGUCGGCAGUCUGAAGCUUUGUAUGCGAUCUGCCUGGCCCUGCAAGCGUCGAUCUCUGAAUCGAAUCCUCGGUUUCUCGAAUAUUUCGACGCGGCCCUCAACCAGUUUCGGACCGAGUUAGCCCGCAGCAUGGAGCGGCUCUCGGACGGAACCUUCACUGCUGGUUUGUUACUAUGCAGCAUUGGGCUUGUGCACGGAUUACCAUGGACAAUGCACCUCCACGGCAUCCACACCAUCCUCCAACACCAAGGCCUCGACACCCAGUACCGCCAACAAUCUCCCUUCCGCUCUCAUCUGCACGAAGUAAUGGGUGUCAUGGACCUUCCCUCAUUCGCCAUCGGUCGCCAAAACCCUCCCCUGGGCUUUUGGCGCCGAUACUGCCGCAAUCGCGGCGGGAUCGACGACGUAGAAGUCGUUAGCGGCCUGCCGAGGUCCUUGCUGGACAUCUUCUCCUGCGUCGGCGAGGGCGGCGCCACGGAAGAAGAUUUCUGGGAUUGGCCAGGGAGUCAGGGGAGUUUCCUGCAGUGUCAGCUGUGGGAGGCGUAUCGGUUGGCGGGGAUGCUUACGGUGAGAUAUGCUCAGUUGCACGGGCUGUCUGGUCAAGCGAUAGGGUCUAGAUCUCGAUCUCGAUCUCUAUCUACAUCUAAAUCUCAAUCUCGAGCACGGGAGCGGGAACGAGAACGAACUCUCCCAUCGACGAAAGUCCUCGUAUUGCGGAUCCUCAGCUGUCUAGAUGCUAUUGCGCGGGGCUCGAUCGAGCCAGACGGGAAAGACUCGCUGGUCCUGAACGCCAUUCACUAUCCUAUUUUCGUGACGGGAUUGCAGACUGGUAUUUUGGAUGAAGAUCCAGGCUUGAAACAGGUUCUGCGAGGCUGUGUCGCUCUUCGUCGAUCCCGGGCUGAGGUGGGCAGAGAUGGGCAGGUGUUGAUGGAUCUACUGGAGGAGUGGUGGCAAUCUGAUCGUGAGACCAGCGUGCAUCAACUUGCUCAGUCGAGGGCCUUGGAGCUGGGGUUACUCUGAUGGGUCUAGGCUACUCGUUUAGUCUAAGGGGUGUGUUCCUUUGGGAAUACAUGGUGUACUGGUACCUGGUAGUUGGUUGUUAGAUAUGUUUGGAUUGCAGACUCGUCAGAGUUCUAUGUUAAUUUAUACAGUGUCUUCAAAGACAAGAG